UCUCAAACCUACUGCCAGUGACCAAUAUACAGAACAUAGAAACACUCUUCCUGGUAUGUCUGUGGAACAAACUAAACAGAUUGAGGCUGCUAUCAAAGCAGGAAACUUCUUAGAAGCUGCUUCUAUGGUGCAGACAUUCAAGAAUUUGUCAGGCAUUGAUUUCAAUAUCGCCGUCACGGGGGAGUCGGGAUCUGGAAAAUCAUCUUUGGUCAAUGCCAUCCGGGGCCUGAAAGAUGAAGACGAAGGUGCUGCUGAGACCCGUGUAGCAGAAAUGAACAAAGAACCAGUACCAUAUUGUCAUCCUACCUGUCCCAUAAUGAUUGUCUGGGACCUGCCCUCGAUUGGAACCCCAGGUUUUCGGCCAGACACUUAUCUGAAACAAGUGAACUUCAGCCGUUACGAUGUCUUCAUCAUCAUCGCUUCAGAGAGGAGCAGAUUCUGCCACACCAAGCUGGCCCGGGAGAUCCAGAAGAUGGGAAAGAAGUUUUUAUUUGUACGCUCCAAAGUGGACUUGGACCUGUAUAAUGAGGAAAGCAAAGAGAGCUUCAGUGAAGAGAGAACCCUGGAGAAAAUCAGACAGGACUGUGUCAACAACCUGUCCAGAGUAGGGGUGAGCUCCCCGCAGGUUUUCCUUGUCUCGAGUAGGGAAUUUCAGAAAUACGAUUCUCCACAGCUGCAGAAGACUUUGCUAAAGGAAUUCUACAACCACAAGAUGGAGAAAUACGAUUCUCCAAAGCUGCAGAAGACUUUGCUAAAGGAAUUCUACAACCACAAGAAGGAGAUGUUCAGAGCCACUGAAGCCCCCAGGGACAGUGGGAUAACGGAAGAGUCGAAAGUUCACUGGGGUGAAUUAUUUUCAAAAUGGAGCAGUAAACUGCCCGGUCUGUCAGAGGAGGAAACUGAAAAAUUCCAGACGGCUGUCAAAGCUGGGAACCUCUCAGAAGCCAUGUCUGUGGUGAACAUGUCUGAGGUCAUGUUAAGAAAUACCAAGCUCAACAUCGCCAUCACAGGGAACUCGGGCUCCGGGAAGUCGUCUUUCAUCAAUGCCAUAAGAAGCUUGAAUGAUGAUGACAGAGGCGCAGCUGAGACUGGGGUGACAGAAACAACAAAGGAUCCAACUCCUUACCCCCAUCCCAUUCACCCAAAUGUGAUUGUGUGGGACCUUCCUGGGAUCGGAACAACGAAAUAUCCGGCAAAAACAUACCUGACCGAUGUGAAGGCUUGUCGUUAUGAUUUCUUCAUCAUCAUCGCAGCUGUGCGCUUCACAGAAGCUGACACCAAACUUGCCAAAGAAAUCAACAGCAUGGGGAAGAAGUUCUAUUUUGUCCGCACCAAGGUGGAUGUGGACUUAGCUAAUGAACAGAAAAAAAAAUAUUUCAAAGAGGAGAAAACUCUAGCGACAAUCAGAAAUGACUGCAUGGAGCAGCUACAAGAAGCAGGGAUCAGCUCCCCACAGGUUUUCCUGGUGUCAAGAUGGGACUUUCACAAGUAUGAUUCUCCCCAACUGCAGGAGACUUUCGCGAAUGACCUCAACAUUCACAAGAGACACGUUCUCAUCUGUGCCCUGCCCAGCACCUCUGAAGAAAUCUUGAAAGAGAAACAGAAGGCCCUGCAGGAACAGAUCUGGAAACAAGCCCUGAAGUCGUGUGCUAUCGCUGCUGUUCCUCUCCCAUUUCUCUCAGUUAAGUGCGAUGUCAACAUCUUGGUGGAGAACAUGAGGGAGUAUUGCAAGUCCUUUGGCCUGGAUGAUGGUUCCAUCAAAUCACUUGCUAAACAAGUUCGGAUGUCUGUUGCUGAGCUGAAGUCUGUGAUAAAGUCCCCUCUGGCCAAAGAUAUAACAAAAGAAGAGGCUUUGAAGCGGCUCAAAGAGGCUACAGGGGAACCUAUAAUGACAGUUAAAUAUUUUAUCAGCAUGAUACCACUGAUUGGCACUGGGAUAGCUGCAAAGAAAUCUUACAGUGCCACCUAUGAAGUGCUACAUACGUUUCUGGAUGAAGUUACAGAAGAUGCUCAACGAGUCCUGAAAAAGGCUUUGGAGGGAGCAGAGAAUAACCUAUAAGAGUGUCCCAGCCACAGCCCCGGUCUCCUUUCUGCAGUUUGAUUGUCCCAAAUGUAAACAAACCAAGAGACAAAACCA